AUGGCUGCGAUCCUUAUGAAAGAUGCAAAAGCUCUGGGGAUUAUUCAAAAUGCAUUUUCCGAUCAAAUCUUCCCUCGUAUUGCCAAUGUAGAUUCAGCUAAGAUGGCAUGGGAGUUGUUGUAUGGAGAAUAUCAUGGUGGUGACCAUGUCAGAUCGAAAGCUAACUGUGCAUAUCAAGUGGGAGUAACACGAAAUUUGUUCUAUGCCAAUAGUACCAUCUCUGAAACAGGUGUUAAUGGUGAGUGGUACAUAGAUAGUGGCUGCAGCAAUCAUAUGACUGAGGAUAGAAAGCUGCUAGUUGACAUAAGAACAAAUGUAAUAGGCAAGGUACAAAUGCCAACUGGAGAGCUUGUAAAUGUAGUUGGAAGAUCUAAUCAGGUGAUUGACACUAGCAAAGGUAGAAAGUACAUCAAAGAAGUGAUGUACCUACCUGGGUUGAAGGAGAACUUGCUAAGUGUGGGACAGAUGGAUGAGCAUGGUUAUUAUCUGCUAUUUGGAGGCAAAAUGUGCAGUAUUUUUGACAGUGCUUAA